AUGUCUAUUCAGAGACGUUUAGCAGACAACAUUGAUACAAUGUGGAUGAAGUCAAAUACCAAUGUAGUUGGUGUAUGGAAAUUCAAUUCCGAAAAUGACCGAGAUUCGAAUCUCGAAAAAUUAUGUAAGUCAUUUGCUGGUUUACAUUCCCACUUUGAAAAUAAUCACAUUAUAUUCGAAAAGAGAGAUGUUCCAGUCUUCAAAGUUCCAGAUGCAAUAAAGAAUUUAGAUGAAAUUGCAGAUUAUGUUGACCUACACUGUACAAGACCAUUGACAACAGCAUUAUCAUCUAUAGCAAUUGCUGAAGACGCGAUUGCCAUUGUAGGAAGCCAUUGCGUUUUGGAUGGCGGUACAUUGACAUACUUAAAUAACUUGAUGGUACAGAACUUACCAAUUCCAGAGAUUGGAAUUAAUCCAUCCACAUACGAACCUUUCAUAGAGAAGAUCAAUUCAAUGAAUUAUUAUCUUCCUCCAAUUCCAUGCGAUGAAAAAGCAGUCAGAUUUUCAACCAAAGAUCCACAACGUCUUGCUACAACACCAUAUAUCAUGUCUAUGCGCGAACAUCUCAAAAUUAACGACUUUCAAGUUUACAGUCAAAAAGAUAAGAAGUUACACGGCUUCACAGAGUCUAUGUUCUCUUCAAUGAUCCUAUCUAUGUCUGCCUUUAAUGGAAAAUUCGAUAAGACAGGAUUAUGGGAAGUGUUUGGAACCAGACCGCACGCAGAGAAAGGAUAUAAACUUACACAAGGACAAUAUUUCUCAAAUUUCAAUGUUUAUGCCGAAAACGUCACGGAAAAUGACAAUGUACAAACUUUGAUGUCAAAACUCCGUGAGCACAUGAACUACCAGAUCAAAAGAGGAGCACCAUGGGCAUCAUUAAGAGGAUACAGAGACAAUCACUUUGAUGGAAAGAUUCAAGAAGGUACUUUCACUGUACUGUCAUCUAUUGGUGAAUUCAAAACAGGUGGACCAGUCAAAGAUUUCUUGCUCCAAACAACAGGAAAUGGAGAAUAUGGACCAAGUCUUAACAUUCUUUCGUACAAUGUUAAGAAACCAAAUGAUAAUGAUUUCUAUUUUGUUCACUCUCAUUCUCCACAAUAUUUCAGUUUCAGGGAAUCAAAAGCAUGGAUUAAUUCCGUUAAAUAUGCUGUUUCAAAAAUUAAUCCACAAACUAAGAUUGGCGAUGCUGUUGCAGAAUUGACAGAUUUCCAGAAACAAAUCAUGAAGAAAUAUGAUACUGUUGCAAAGAGUAUCAAGUUUUAA